AUGGGGAAUGAUAUCGCAGGUGGGGAAGUGUAUCCCUCUCCGGAAGUGGUUUCUCGCCCCAUUCUCAGCACUGGGAAGGAUGAAUUGGCUGAGGAACACCCCGAGAUGUUUUCAGUGUGUGUGUUGACCCGCGCCCAGUCUAAAAAGUUGGCAGAGGAACAGGGUGAUGUUGAUCUGUGUGAUUCUGUGCUUGCUCCUGUCUUCUCCGGUGUUCGUGCGCCCCCGUGUGGACGACCUGAUGACCACGCCAGGACGAAGGCCAGCAGUGAGAAGUCAACCACCGCUAUGUCCCCUCCACUCACCAGUGACGCUUUGAUUGGAGAGAUUAUCAGAAGAAAGGACCGCGCCCUGAGUCUGGACCGCAGUCUGGAGACCGCAGUUUGGAGACCGCAGUUUGGAGACCGCAGUUUGGAGACCGCAGUUUGGAGACCGCAGUUUGGAGACCGCAGUCUGGAGACCGCAGUCUGGACACCGCAGUCUGGACACCGCAGUCUGGACACCGCAGUCUGGACACCGCAGUCUGGACACCGCAGUCUGGACACCGCAGUCUGGACACCGCAGUGA